GCAAUAUUUUUGCACACGGCACAUAGCGAACCCUCCACUUCCGUAAGCCAACCUUCGAACGGGCGUAGUGUAUUUCGGUGAGAAUACAAAUACAAGUGGAUUCGUACACAUUGAUUAGAGCAGUUUCGUUUAUAAUUUGAUUCGUUUAUUGGAAAUUAACAAGAACGCAACCAUGAGCAAACAGUGUGCAAAGUGCAUGAAAACGGUGUUUCCAGUGGAGGAACUGAAAUGUUUGGACAAGGUAUGGCACAAGGGAUGUUUCCGGUGUCAAGAGUGUGGGAUGUCACUUAACAUGAAAAAUUACAAAGGAUAUAACAAAUUACCAUACUGCAAUGCGCAUUACCCCAAGACAACGCACACAGCUGUGGCAGAUACUCCAGAGAGCAGAAGAAUCGCGGAGAACACAAAAAUCCAGAGUAAUAUACAAUAUCACAAAGAUUUUGAGAGGAUGAAGGACCAAUUUACACCAGUUGUGGACACUCCGGAUCUCAAACGAGUUCGGGACAACACCAAAAAUAUAAGCUUGAUAGAAUAUCAGAAAGAGUUCACAAAUCAGCGGGGAACGUGUAACCAAAUAUGUGACACAGUUGAAAUGAAAACACACUUUCGAAAUACUGACAAUUUCAGUACGAUUAAAUAUCAUGCAGAAUUUGAGAAAUCAAAAGGUGCUAAGAUUUCUAUUGCUGAUGAUCCUGAGACUAAGCGUGUACGUAAAAACAUGGAGACCAUCAGCAACAUCAGUUACCACGGAGACCUGGACAAGAGAUCAAAAAUGGAGAUGAACCGCCCAGUUGAACAGGAAGCCAAUCAGCAUAGACGUCGUCCCGGCAGUACUGGUGACUAUGAACCACGUGCACGCCAGCCCGGCAGUAUUAGUGACUACGACCCGAAAGCCAAUAAGGGGGGAACACCGUACUCCCAACGCCAGUCACAGGGUACUGCCGUGUAUGACUCUCGGACUGGAGUAGUGUAUGAGAAUCCAAUGGCCUACCAGGGGGGUAACCCUCAUAACCUGGGGAACAGGGCCCCCCAGCAACAAGGGGGCCAAUCCCCCGCCUACGCUGUAUGGCAACCUUCAAGCUCUCGGGUUGUUCAAAAUGGAUCACAAGGCAGAAAAGUUGGCUCAAUUUCUGAUUACGAUCCUGUAAAUGAGAAAUAUGGCUCCAUUGCUGGGCAAUACUCUGGCUAUCAACAACAAGCACAAGCACAACAACCACCACCACCACCACCACCACAACAGGAAGACCCUGUCCCUCAAUACAACCCUGUUGAGGUACCCCCUCCCCAUAUGGACGAAGAAGAACCCACCACUAACAUCCCGCCUGUCACAGUCAAGGAGGAACAAGUUAGUACUACCCCCAUUGUCCCUCCCAUCCCUGAUGACAGCGCUGACGUAUCUGCUGAGAAAGACGCAAUUAGCGCUCAGGAAGAGGAUCCUACUCAACCCCAGCAAGCACGUCAACCUGCAUAUCAACCACCACCACCACAACAGCAGCAGCAGCAGCCGUACCGGCCUCCGGGUCAACCCCAAAGAAACCAGGUGAAGUACGUAGCCCUGUAUGACUACACUGCAGCUGACGAUGAUGAGGUUUCUUUCCGUGAGGAGGAUUUCAUCAUCAACUGUGAAAUCAUUGAUCCUGGAUGGAUGGAGGGCACAGUGGAACGGACAGGCCAACGUGGCAUGCUCCCUUCAAAUUAUGUGGAAAUGGCAUCAUAAAGAGUAUUAUAAUCAGAUGUACCUCUUAUUUCAAUUGUUCCUUUUUCAAUAUGCUUUAAUGUCUGUACUGUUAAUCUAAAUUAAUUGUUUGGGGAAAAAAUGACAGAAAAAAAAAUCUGUGUCUUUUAUUAAAGAUACGUGUAUCCCAACCAUUCUCGUAGAUAGCAUCUGUAAAACAUUUAUUUUUGACCUUGUGUUUUGUCAUUUUAUGUCCUGAUUUUAUGUUGUUCUACAUGGAAAUUUAAAUUCUUCCAUCACAAGAAAAACGGCUACCCUUUAAAUCAGAUUUCAUCACUCCAGAUCGAAGACUUGGAUUGAUUCAUUACUGCAUGUGGGUAAAUCCGAUGUCCUGUGAGGAAUAGAUGACAGGAUAUUAUCUAACAAAGGUAUAUAUAUAUAUAUAUAUAUAUAUAUAUCGUAAGUAAUACUACAUAGAAGAAAAUAGGAGUUUGUCAUUGACAGGAGGCAAUAUAAACAAGAAAAUGUAGAUUAACUUUAUAUAGAAAUUGAUUCUUUGUUAUGAAGGUUUUGCUAUAGCCAAUUGAAAACAAGAUAUCUGUUUAUGCUUGCUGAUGCUAUAUAGCUUUUUUUAUGCAAGACACAUGGGAUUAACUCAUUCACUCCCACACACCUAAACUGGACUUGCCCAGUCUUUGAUUUGGUAAGGUUAAAAUGUGACUUUAGGGGUGACUGGGUUUACAUCCCAACAAGCUGGAGUUAUAUGCAUUGGUCUAGUCCAGCACUCCUGUUCCUACCAGGACUUCUGACAAAGAUAACUAUAUUUUAUUAGCCUUUAUAUGCUUAAUGAAUUCGGAGUUCUUUUUAAUUACUUGCCUUAAGAUAAGUCACCUUAUUGCUGCAGCUGUAAAAGUUGCACUGUAGGUAAUUCAGUCACAAAUCUUCAGCCAAAUGUGGCACCGUUACAUUGCGUGAAAUGGCAAGUGAUAGUAAGUAUUGAAAUGAAUGAAAAUGAUAGAAAAAGUACCCUGUACAAAUGCAUCCAUUAUUCAACCUGCAUAAUUUUUAAAUCUGCAGAAUCUGGAGUUUUUCAAAAAUCAGAAAUUACUGUAACAAGGAGAUCUGCUGCCUGUUUAGAUUACUGUUUUGUGAUUGUAGUACCAAGUGUGUUGUAAGGGGAGUCUAUAGCUAGAGAAGUGGUGAUACUAAAUAUUGUAUAAUAUUGACCGCUCUAGGUAUGGAUCUUGUAAAACUGCUAGAUCUUAAAAUUGUUUCUUUGUUUAUUGAAUUAAAGCAAGUAGUGGAAAAGAACUGUUGAAAUAACUGUGGUACAGAACAGGAUAUAAUACAGGAAUAUAUAUAUAGGAAUGCUCUUACUGAACGAUGGUUAACCCAAUCUCUCACCCAGGGAGUCUCCAGAAGGGUUUAGGGGUUUCCCAAAAAAACAAAGGUAUUUCCAUUUUCCAAAGGAGUUAGAUGUUUUUAAAGGAGUUGAAGAGUGUUCCAGUGGAGUUUUAAGCGUUCCUGGAGGGGUUAAAGGGGUUUUUUGGAAAGUUUGGAAUGAUCCAAAUGCAAAAGAUACUCUAGUAGUCUUUUCCAAGCUCCAAGAACGCCCUCAGGCCUGCAACUCUAGUAGUGUUUGUUAAGCUCCAAGAACACCCUCAGGCCUGCAACUCUAGUAGUGUUUGUAAGCUCUAAGAACACCCUCAGGCCUGCAUCUCUAGUAGUGUUUGUUAAGCUCCAAGAACACCCUCAGGCCUGCAUCUCUUGUUUGUUAAGCUGCAAGAACACCCUCAGGCCUGCAACUCUUGUUUGUUAAGCUCCAAGAACACCCUCAGGCCUGCAUCUCUAGUAGUGUUUGUUAAGCUCCAAGAACGCCCUCAGGCCUGCAUCUCUAGUAGUGUUUGUUAAGCUCCAACAAAACCCUCAGCUUGCAACCUUUUCCAGGCAACAGCAUUGCCAAAUGGUUCCCAAGUGAUAGCAUAUGCUGUAGAGCUGAGAUAUAAUAGAUGAUGUUAUAGAUAAGCUGAAGUUGGUAAAGACAUUCGUUUCUCUACUUUCUGAUGUCUACUUAUAUGACUAGGGUUGACAUAUUUUAUGUUAAGUUGUAAUGCAGGUUUCUAUAUUUAUCUUACAUUUUACCGUUUUUCACAAUUUUAUUGUAAACAACAGAUUUUAAUUUUUCAUUUUACAUAUUUGUAUAUUUGCUAAUAGCGUAUUUGAAUGCAUUGUAAUAUUUAAUGUUUAGUAAGACAGAUUCUGAUGUGCUAUUUUAUCCCCAAGUCUGUAUCAUAAAGUCUUAGAUCUUAUGCAAAUAUUUAACUUCAGAUUUUGAAAAUAAUGUCAUAACAUGUAUCGAAUUAAAAAAAAUUGGCUCAUGAAUUGAUUUUUUUUUUUUUUUUUGUAGAAAAUGAAAGCACAUAUCUAUAUUCAGUACCUUAUCAGCUGUCAAUUGGUUAUGUACACAGUUUGUAGCAAAAGUGUUGUUUCAUUGUUUGCAAAUUAUUCUUUCUAUUGCCCACUUGUUGUAGAAUGUUGUUUUUGUGCGACGUUAUAUGGAUAUUUGUCGCUUUUAUUUAACAUGACUUAUAGUACAGAUGAGAGUAGUUAAGUUUGUCUCAUUAAUACACAAGUCUAAAUUGUUGACCAUAUGUCCCAAAUUUUCAAUACAAGAUCCGUCUUACCAUUAAAGUGGAUUGGUCUCGUGAAAAGAGGAUGAAAGUUUGCCAAGGCAUCAACUGAAGUUGUACCUCUGGACCUGCACCAGAACGAAGUACAAGGUGGAGUUUUUGAUAUGUACAGUAAACUAUUGUAAAUAGACAUAUUUGUGGUUGAAUUUUGAAAAUUUAAGUCUGUUACUGCUGAAGCUUCAAGCUAUAUGUAACAAGUAAAGUCUUUUUCAGAUUUAGUGAAUUGAUUAUAUAAAUUAGUAGUGGGAACACCUCACAUACUGGUCCCUAUGUCGUGGGGUCGGUUUUUCACCAACUGUUCGCACGGUCAGUAGUGAUGGCUAAAGCUUACUCUUAGCUACCAGUCUGUAAAUAUGCUUAUUCAAUGAGUUUUGCUUCUCAGAAUCACAAAAAGUUGUUCUUUCACGAUUAUUCAGUAUCAAAAAGCUUUGGUUUUACAUAUAUUUCUUCUCUCUAUUUUGCAUACGCUGAAACUUUUGAAUUUUCACAGAAUAAAGUUUCAAAGAUUUGUGAAUAUCUUGUUCAGAUAUUAAUGGUCGUCCUAACAAAUAAUGCUGUUAGACCCAUGUGGAUAAAGAACAUAUAUUCACUAUAAAUUCAGAUUUUUUUCCCACAUAAUUUUAACAAGUUAAUGAUUUAGAUUACCAUUACUAGCGUUUCUGACAUUUCAUGUCAACUUUACAUGAGAUGGUGAUAAUGUAUAAUCAUGGCAAGUUCAGUAAAGUUCUCUCAAUGCCAUUGUUUUAUUUACAAAUCAUUGCCCACUGUUUUCUAUUAUAGUGAGGAUGUUAAAUGAUGCAGGUAGUUGUAACAAUAAUUUAUAAGUAGAAGUAAAUCCUAAUUUACUAGAAAUAAAAAUGUGUUCGUAUUUUGUUUGUUAUUUGUGAACAAACACAGUGACCGGUAACUUAGAUGUAAAAUUGAUGGGACAAUGGUAAUUAUAAGUGUCUGUAUAAAUAUUGGAACACAACAAGUAUUUAAAUGAAGAGCAUUUAGCUAUAUUAUUAACUUUCUGGUAUUUGUGAAAAUUCCUUUAGAUAGAAAUUGUGCCAUCGUACCCGAUACCUCUACUGAUUUCCGUUUACAUUGUACUGUAUAAAAUAAGGAUUAAUAAUUUUGUGAAGGACACUGUCCCUUUUGUCGAUUCAGAUUUUACCUCUGCCACUGAAAUGAUGUCCGUUUCAGUCUGUGUUAGACUGGAGUCAGAUUUAUAUUAAGAUACAAUGUGGUCUGCAAUAUUUAUCUUGUCGUUUAUGUAUUUUCUUAAUAUUACUGCUCACACAAAACUCAAAAGACUACUUACGGUGUAUAUUGAUACACACUUGAUCAUUGUACUGAAAAGAACUUUGUUAAAGUCAUUUAGUUUGGUUUGAAAAACUGUGUUUGAAUUUAUCAUCCAUUGUAACUAUAUAGUUAUUUAUCAAUGUAUAUUAAAAAUCUUGACUUGCUUUACAAACACUUAUUUGCUUUUCACUGGGGGAAAAACAAAAUUUGGAUCUCACCAGAAAUUGUCAUUUAAUUCUGAAAUUACAUUCAUUUAAGUGACGAAUUCAUUAAUUUAGAAAGUUUGUUACUUGCAACAUCAAGGAAACCAGUAUCAAGGUAACAAGUUUCCACUGUACACGGAGAAAAAAAGUCUCCAGACUAAUGAGGUUCCACCAUAUACAGAUAUCAAAGUAUUCAGACCAACGGUUUCCACUAUUUACAGAAAGUGUCUGGAUUAUCGAGGUUCCAUUGUAUACAAUGUACCAGUGCAAGGUAAAACAGUGUUUUAAAGUGGCUACCAUUAUUACUCGGAACAGUGUCUAGAUUUAUGGUUUAUCAGUAGCACGGAUGGGAGAGAGCUCAUGGGAUAUCUAUAACAGUAGAUCAAAUUGUAUUAUAUGUAGGCAAACGCUGCCAGUAUUCAGUAAAAUAUUUUAUUGUUACAUA